AUGCCUCCCGUAGCUACCGAGAACUCUACGUCCGAUGCCGUCAAGGCCGAGACUCCUACUCCCUACCUCAGCACUAUGCCAGAAAACGACUUCAACUGGCAAAUUACCCUGGGUCAGAAGGUUGUUGCCAUCACUGGUGCCAACCGCGGUAUUGGUCUGGGUAUUGCAGAGGUGUGCCUCGCCAAUUCGGCGAAGAUGGUAUACUCUCUUGAUCUAAUGGAGCCUGGCGAGGAUUUUGCAGCUCUGCAGAAGCGCUACCCCAACUUCAAGUUUAUCCAGACAGAUGUCACCUCUGAAGAGAGCGUGGAGAAGGCGAUCAACCAGGUUGUUGAAGAGACUGGUCGUAUCGAUGGUCUUGUAGCCAAUGCGGGUAUGACCAAGCACCAGCCUGCUCUUAAAUUCGAUCGCUCCGAGCUGGAGAAGUUGUUUAACCUUAAUGUUUAUGGCGCCUACUUCUGUGCUCAGAUUGCUGCUCGCAAGUUCAUCGAGCUCGGGAUCAAGGGCUCAAUUGUAAUGACUUCCAGCAUGACCUCUUACCGUCCCAACCGAGCCGCUCCUUCUGCGCCAUACGGAGCAACAAAAGCUGCUGUUCGCAACAUGUGCCACACCCUCGCCAUGGAGUGGAGCAAGCACGGCAUCCGCGUCAACAGCAUCUCCCCCGGUUUCGUUCGUACCGCAAUGACAUACUACGUUGAGACUGCGCCGGAUUGGGACUUGAAGAUGCAGUACUACGGCGGUAUGCCUCGUCUGGCUGACCCGCGUGAGCUGGGUGGUGCCUACGUAUACCUCCUCAGCGAUGCUAGCUCAUAUACAAGCGGCAUCGACAUUCCGAUUGCCGGCAUUGUCGGCGCAUGGUGA